AUGACCCAACUUAUGAUAAGUGAUGAAUUAUGAGUAAUGCCCCCAUCAACUGAAGAAAGCCUUUCUCUACUCUUCAAUCUAGGACUGACCGAUGGAAGCACCACCGAGGAGUGCAAUCUUAACAUAGGAGUAGAUGAGGUUUUGACUUUGCUCAAGAUGUCACUGGUAUCAAAAACACCUUUGACAGGAACUUUUUUGAAGCACAGUCCAACGCCUGAGUUGGACCAAAAAUAUUUUGAUAUCAGCAAAUCUGGAAGGGAGGAAUCAGCAACAGAUGUAAGCGGGAAGACUUUCAUGAUCAAGCUUAUAGUCAGCAAAUCCAAGAAGAUGGUUUAUUAUGCAGAAACAAGUGAAGCUUUUGUUAAUUUACUCUUCAGUUUCCUUACUGUUCCACUUGGAUAUGCAUUGAAGAUGCACACCGGCACUUGGAAAGGAUGCAUAAAUCAUCUGUACAAUAGCAUUCACGAACUUGAUGCAGACCAAUUUCUGAAAUCAAAUAAGCACAAGGAAAUGCUUCUCAGUCCCAAGCUUGCCCCUAAUUUUGGCUAUGAGAAUCAUCCUUUGGGCAUUGAGGAAGAUAAACAUCCACCUUACUAUUAUAUAUAUGGUGAAGACAAACUGAUUUCUGAUGAAACAAUUGUUCCCACAACGGGAAUUUCACGUUUAACUGUUUUGGAUCCUGAGUCAAGCUCUAAGGACACUGCAAAAGGAGGAUUUGUUAAGGGACCUGCAAUGUUCACCAUAACUGACAAUCUGACCAUAAAGCCUAUAUCACCAAUCUCAUGUCUUUCUGUUUUAAAGAAAUUGAAGGUAACUUUCAAUGACAUCGAGGUGCGUCUUGUGAAAGUGGGGUAUGAGGAGGUGAGUUAGCAUAUUCAAUUCUGAA